CAUCAUAUCAAAUGUUUUUUGUGGCCUCUGCAAGAAAAAUAAGGAAAGCUUGUGAAUUUACAAGCUUUUCCGCAUUAAUUUAAAACAUUACAAAAUAAAAUAAUUUUUAAAAUUAAAAAGAAUUGGUGUCAGUGAACUUGUCGGUAUUAUACGAAACAAUAACAAACGCGACGUUAACGUGCUCGUCAGAAUUCCUCAAAAUUCUUAUAUUGUAUGUUCGGAUAAAAACAGUUAGAAUAUUAUCAAUCAAUUAUCAAAUUACAAAAUGGAAACCGAAAAUCCAGUGACAACUGAAAAACUUCAAGUAAACAGUGAAAGUUGUAAAAGUAUAAAGAAGGUACAAUUUUCAAACGAAAAUUUUACAGUGGAAAAUAGCAAUUGUGAGAACUUAAAAAAUCUCAGCAUAGAUUACAAUAGUAACCACAACGGCAAUAUGAGUAACGAUACUGCUGAAAGACCAAGUUUUUUGGUUGGCGAUGACAAUGAUGCCACAAACGGUUUUGAUGCUCGAGAAGCAAUUGACGAGUUUCCACCACAAAUUCAAAAUGAAACACGGCCAAAUGGAGAUUUAUUAGAGAGACGUAAACGCUUAAGGCCUAGUAUGUCCCGUGGCACUGGUUUGGGUCAAGACCGUUAUCAAGAUCGAGAUUUUCAUGUAGCAACCACAGAGGAGUUUGUUAAAAAGUUUGGUGGUACACGAGCCAUUAAUCGUAUACUCAUCGCUAAUAAUGGUAUUGCAGCUGUUAAAUGUAUGCGCUCUGUGCGUAGAUGGUCUUAUGAAAUGUUCCAGAAUGAGCGGGCUGUGCUAUUUGUUGUUAUGGUUACACCGGAAGAUCUAAAAGCAAAUGCAGAGUAUAUAAAAAUGGCAGAUCAUUACGUUCCUGUUCCUGGUGGAUCAAAUAACAAUAAUUAUGCAAAUGUUGAACUGAUUGUAGAUAUCGCGUUACGUACUCGUGUGCAGGCUGUGUGGGCUGGUUGGGGUCAUGCGUCAGAAAAUCCAAAACUUCCAGAAUUAUUGCAUAAAGAAGGAUUAGUGUUUUUGGGUCCACCAGAACGUGCUAUGUGGGCGCUAGGUGACAAGGUAGCUUCCUCCAUUGUUGCACAAACUGCAGAUAUCCCCACAUUACCAUGGUCUGGUUCAGGUUUAAAAGCGCAGUAUAGUGGCAAGAAAAUUAAAAUUUCAAGUGAACUUUUUGCGCGUGGUUGUGUAAAUAGCGUUGAACAAGGCUUGGCAGCUGUCAGCAAAAUAGGAUUUCCUGUUAUGAUAAAAGCAUCUGAAGGUGGUGGUGGUAAAGGUAUACGUCGUGUAGAUACAGCUGACGAAUUUCCUGCCCUAUUCCGUCAAGUAUUAGCUGAAGUUCCUGGUUCACCAAUCUUUGUUAUGAAAUUAGCAAGUGGCGCUCGUCAUUUAGAAGUGCAACUGCUAGCAGAUCAGUAUGGGAAUGCAAUUAGUUUAUUUGGUCGUGAUUGUUCUAUACAGCGAAGACAUCAAAAAAUUAUUGAAGAAGCACCUGCCAUUGUAGCACAGCCUGAAGUUUUUGAGGAUAUGGAAAAAGCUGCUGUACGUCUAGCAAAAAUGGUUGGUUACGUAAGCGCUGGUACUGUAGAAUAUUUGUACGAUACAGAAGGACAAUACUUUUUCUUGGAAUUAAAUCCUCGUUUACAAGUAGAGCAUCCAUGUACUGAAAUGGUUGCUGAUGUUAAUCUACCUGCUUGCCAACUUCAAAUCGGUAUGGGUAUUCCGCUGUACCGUCUUAAGGACAUACGUCUGCUGUAUGGUGAAUCUCCAUGGGGAACUUCAAUAAUCGAUUUUGAUGGCCCCACGCAUAAACCAAGACCAUCUGGCCAUGUAAUUGCUGCCCGUAUUACUUCCGAGAAUCCUGAUGAAGGUUUUAAACCCAGUUCUGGUACUGUACAGGAACUUAAUUUUCGCUCCAGUAAAAAUGUGUGGGGUUACUUUAGUGUUGCUGCUUCUGGUGGGUUGCAUGAAUUUGCGGACUCACAGUUUGGACAUUGCUUUUCCUGGGGUGAAAAUCGACAACAAGCACGUGAAAAUCUUGUCAUUGCUCUGAAAGAGCUCUCGAUUCGUGGCGAUUUUCGUACUACCGUUGAAUAUUUGAUCACACUUUUGGAAACAAACAGUUUUCUAGAUAACACAAUUGAUACAGCUUGGUUAGAUGCACUAAUAGCAGAACGAGUGCAGUCAGAAAAACCAGAUAUAUUACUUGGUGUUGUUUGUGGCGCUCUUCAUAUUGCCGAUCGUCAUAUAACUCAGGCGUUUACGAGUUUCCAAACAUCUCUUGAGAAAGGUCAAAUACAAGCGGCUAAUACGUUAACGAAUGUCGUUGAUGUUGAACUUAUUAAU